UGUCGAUAGCAUACGGUGCAAUUGUCCGAGGCUUACGAUAUACAAAUCCUGAGGAGAGAAGAAAAAAAAAGACUUAUUUGGUCCUCGCACAUUGCCACAUCCGAACCUUCGGCCUAUUAGAAAUGGCACAUGAAGCGGGCACCCAAGCCGAUGGCAAGCGGCAGUUUAUCUGCGGCGUGAUCGAGGGAUUCUACGGCCGACCGUGGACGACGGAGCAGCGUAAAGACCUGUUCCGCAAACUGAAAUCUAUGGGCAUGGGAUCCAGUCCUUCAUACAUGUAUGCGCCAAAGGACGACUACAAGCACCGCGCUUACUGGCGUGAGUUGUACACCGUUGAGGAGGCGGAUCACCUGUCCAGUCUGAUUGCAGCAGCCAAGGAGGCGGGCAUCACCUUUUACUACGCUCUAUCACCUGGACUGGACAUGACCUACAGCAGCCCCAAGGAGAUCGCAACGCUGAAGCGCAAGCUGGACCAGGUUGCGCAGUUCGGUUGCGAAGCAUACGCUUUGCUCUUUGACGACAUCGAAUCAGAGCUAUCGAAGGCGGACAAGGAGGUUUUUCAGACGUUUGCAAACGCCCACGUGUCUGUCACCAACGAGAUAUACACGCACUUGGACAGCCCCAGGUUCCUCUUCUGCCCUACCCAAUACUGUGCCUCGCGAGCGGUGCCCACGGUCCAAGAAUCGGAGUACCUAAAUACCCUGGGCUCCAAGCUGAACAACGAGAUUGAUAUUUUGUGGACGGGGGAUAAGGUCAUCUCCAAGACAAUAUCUCUUGAGUCGAUUCAGGAGAUUACCGAGGUGCUGCGCCGGCCGCCGUGCAUCUGGGAUAAUCUUCAUGCUAACGACUACGACCAGAAGAGAGUCUUCAUGGGGCCGUACAGCGGUCGAUCGCCGGAGCUUAUUCCCCACCUGCGAGGUGUUAUGACCAAUCCGAACUGCGAAUUCUACGGCAAUUUCGUUGCUAUCCAUUCGUUGGCCUUCUGGUCGCGGUGCAGCCUGGACUCCAAAGUGAACAGCUCGCUAAGUGCAGACAUUAAGCUGGAGACUGAAAACGAUGAUGACCUCCCGGCGGAGUUUCUCUCAAAGAAUGUUUACCACCCACGUGUGGCUCUCAAAAACGCUAUUACGGAGUGGCUACCGGAAUUCUUCAUGAAAAAGGAGGCCUGGGGACCCAUUACAAAGCCCCAGCCUCAAGUCCAAAUGGUGAUGCCCAUUAUUCCUAUCAUACCCUCCAUUAACACCUGCAUGAGUCUCACCACCUCAACAACCACCUCAACGAGCUCGAGGACGGUUCCACCCACGGUCAACACCACCCAACUUCAGGCUCUGGCUGAUGUUUGCGUUGUGACCUCCUCGCUGACUCCUAUCUCCAAUCCAGUAAUGAACUCCCUGGUCUCACCCACAAAAGUGAUCACAAACGAUGACAUCAUCAAUCCCAUUCCUACCACAGCGGCCAGCAACAUUGAGCUGCCCAAGAAAAUACCGAUCUCCGUUGUCCCAGUGCCCAUUAUGGAGACAAAGAGUGUGGGGGCUUCCGUGGAACUGGCUUUGGACAAUGCGGUGUUCGAUGACAAUGGAAUUGAGCCAAAUAGCGAUUCCGUGAAGGAGCGGCUAGAGCUGGAGGUGGACAUAGAGGGAAAGCAGGAACUGGUGGCCAAUCUCAGUGUGGACACAAUGCUGGACGAUGACAGUCUUAGUCCUCUAAGUGGCGUAGUCAAUGAGCCAAUGGAGUGCAGCAGCAGUAUUGCAUCCCAGGUCUCUCCAAGGGAGGAGGAGGCUAUUAAAGUGGUGGCCGACGAUGUUCUAAUGGAGUCCGUUAACGAUGUGCAUAGUAUGCAUGUGGAGAGUGGGACUUCGUCGCCGAUCUCAAAUGCGGAAAUGCGCGAGGAAAAUGAAGCUCAGUCUGAUAGGACUAACGAUAAUAAUACCAUAGAAGGCGAAGGAAUAACCGUUGACGAUUUGGUUCUCCUCUGCGACCUGUUCUACCUGCCCUUCGAACAUGGCAGCCGCGGCCACAAGCUGCUUGUGGAAUUCAAUUGGCUUAAGAUCAACGCUAAUGUGAUACUGCAGGACCGAACUGCCGCCGGCGGUGGCGAUGCAAUUAAAGCAGCCAAGCCGGAGGUCAGCGAGUGGCACCAGCGCCGUGAGCAGUUCGACCACCUGUGCAGCGCCGUUGUAGAGCUGCUGAUUAAAAUUGCUAACUGCCAGAACAAGGAGAUCUGUCACGAGCUGUACUCGUAUGUGUGGGACAUUUCUGGCGCCUUGUCUCUGCUCAAUUGCUAUGUAAAGUGGCUAGCUCUCGGGCAUUUCCCGCAAAACACGUCUUCCUACACAGAGGGCAGCUACACAUGGUUUAGCAAGGGCUGGAAGGAGGCGUUCAUGUCUGGUGAUCAGGAGCCCUGGGUCUUCAGAGGCGGUCUUAUUGCAGACCUUCAACGCCUUAUGCCUGUGGACUCGGGCAACGACCUGUUUGUGUACAAGCUUCCGGAACAGCCCACGGCCAACUACUAUCUCUUGAGACCCUACUGUAAUUCGGAUGAACAGCAGGUCAACGAUUUGUGCACUCGCCUCUACUUGCAGUGGCAGGGAGAGCUGGACGGAGGCACCCACAUUCCGUUCCCGCUGCCGGCGAAUGUGGCAAACAUAGUGGCGGAUGGGCUGAUUGGUGGACAUAUCACCCUCAGUCCGCAACUGUGCAUUGUGGCCUACGACGAGAAUAACAGUAUCAUUGGAUAUUCUUGCGCCGCUCUGGAUGUCAACAUAUUUCGACGCAACCUGGAACUCUGCUGGUAUACGGAACUACGCGAGAAGUACUCUAGGGACGUUUGUUCACAGGAGGACGGCGAGGUGACCCAGCUCGUCACCUCCUUUGUGGACAAUUAUCAUGACAGCAGCGUUAACGGGGCUGUGGACCAGUGUCCCGUAGAGGUGAGCGGGUCCUUCCCUGCUGUGUUGAUCUCCGGAACUCUGCGGGAGGCGGAGGAGCGGGACUCGGGAAUAACCAAGCGGAUGCUCACCGUACUCUUGGCCGCCCUGCGAGCAAAUGGCUGCUUUGGAGCUCACGUACGUGUUCCCCAGCAGGAUAUCGCCCAGGUGAACUAUUAUUCGAGAAUCGGUUUCGUAGAUGUCUAUCGCGAGGAGGCCACCAAGUGUAUUUACAUGGGUCGCCGUUUUUAGCGUUUCUGGAUGCCAGCUUCACUGCCUCCACUUUUAAUGUUCCUUCAUCUUUGGUAUUCCGGCUAGCAGCGCUAGCCAAUCAUGUCAUGUCCUCGUCGUUUUUCUAUUCCCUUAAGGUUUAAAGUUUGUAUUACUGACCAACCCUUCGAAAAUUUAUCUUAAGCAUUGUUUUCUUACUGAGAAAAA